UGAUUUUCUCCAUGGACUUUGGUCUGAACUAAAAUCUCUGAUUUUCUCCAUGGACUUUGGUCUGAACUAAAAUCUCUGAUUUUCUCCAUGGACUUUGGUCUGUGAGUGUUUUCUGUCUGACAGUGAAAUUUGCUCAUUGGUUACGCCCGCUGCUCAGUGAUGAUGUCAUCGUUGUCAAAUAUUUACAGUGUUUCAAUGACGUUCCUGCAGUUGCGACUGUGGCAGAAGAACUGGCUGCAGGUUUGAUUCCUGAUCCACCUGUGAUCUGGACCUGGUGUGUGUGUGUGUGUGUGUGUGUGUGUGUGACGCAGGUUCAUCCUGACCCGCUCUAAUACCCUAACGAGAUUGGUCGUCCCCGGAUAUCUCAUUAAGGCCUGAUUAACUGGGCUCAGCUCAUUAGCUCCUACUGACCAGUUCUCUGUGACCACCUCAGAGACCAGUGACCAGAACCAGAACCAAGUCCAGAACAGCCUGCUCCAAAGACAUUCCCACUAGAACCCAGACCAGAAAAUCCAAUCCAAGAAUCAGCAGCCAGACCGGGUCCAGACCAGGUCUUUCUGGACCAGGUCUGGGACCUGUGGCCCAGAUGGAGUUCACCCAGAACCUCCUCCCAGGUGGAGUUGGGUCAGGGAGGACAUGACUGUUCUGUGUAAGACAGGAUCACUGACCACUCCUCCACCGUGUGACCUCCAGGGGGCGGUGUGUCCAUGUCCUCUCAGGUCAAAUGUCUUUUUGUUUUUAAAUCAUUUUAUUAGAACUGAACCAGAAUCAAACCGACUUCGUUUCUUUAUUCAACUUUCUCCUCCUCCUCCUCUUCCUCCUCCGGUGUUUUCACCUCCUCCUGCCACUUCCUUUCUCCUCCUUCCUCCAUUUCUUCCGCUCUUGUCUUUUGACCUCAUAACCUGAUUUUCUCCCACCAAUCCGUUUACCUGCGCCUCCCCCUGCCUCCUCCCUCCCCCGUCUCUCCUCUCUCUAUUUCCAUCUCUGAUCUUUAUCCCUCGCUCCCUGAUCUCCUUCAUCUCCUCCAAUCCUCAUCUGCUCUUGGCUGAGGAAGGAAGGAGACGCUCGCAGAGAAGGAACACAGGAGACAGGAGAACCUUCACCUCCCACUGUGGACCGUUGAAGCCCAGAGGAGCAGAGGAGUCUGGGAAGGAUCAGCAGGAGCAGAGAAGAGCAGGAAACGUAAACAUCAGUCGUCGCCAUGGCAGCUGAGAAAGCUGAGAUCGAUGCUCUGAAGAAGGAGUGUGACGGCCUUCGCACAAAGAUUGAGGCGGCUCGUAAGGCUGUGAAUGAUGGCAGCAUGUCUGAUGCUGCGGGGGGCGUGGCCUCAGUAGGGCGGGUCCAGCUGAAACUCAGGAAGACACUCAAAGGUCACCUGGCCAAAAUCUACGCCAUGCAUUGGUCAGCUGACUCCAGGUCAGUCCACAAAAUGGUGAGCGCUUCACAGGACGGAAAACUGCUGGUCUGGGACACCUUCUCAGGGAACAAGCUGGUGGCAGUCCCGCUGAAGUCCGCCUGGGUCAUGAGUGUAGCCUUCGCCCCCUCUGGAAACCUGGUGGCCAGUGGUGGUCUGGACAACCUCUGCACCGUCUACAACAUCAAGUCCACCAGCCCCAAGACCCUGAGAGAGCUGGACGCCCACACAGGUUAUUUGUCCUGCUGCCGUUUCCUCAGCGACACAGAGAUCCUGACUGCCUCUGGCGACACCACCUGCUGCCUGUGGGACCUGGAGACCGGGAAGCAGAAGGUGGUCUUCACCAACCACAUCGGGGACUGCAUGUCUCUGGGUCUGUCCCCGGACAUGUCCACCUUCAUCUCUGGAGCCUGUGACUCUCUGGCCAAACUGUGGGACAUGAGGGACGGACAGUGCAAGCAGACGUUCAGUGGACACACCAGUGACAUCAACGCCAUCAGCUUUUUCCCAUCAGGCAAUGCCAUCGUCACAGGUUCCGACGACUGCACCUGUAAGAUGUACGACCUGCGUUCGGACCAGGAAGUGAUCGGAUACCAGGACUCCGGUCUGAACGCCGGCGUCACAUCGCUGACUCUGUCCAACUCUGGACGUCUCAUCUUUGCCGGUUACGACGACUUCAACUGUCACAUUUGGGACUCGCUGAAGGGGGAGAAAGUAGGUGUUCUCUCCGGCCAUGACAACAGGGUGAGCUGCACUGGCGUUCCUGAGGACGGGAUGGGGGUCUGCACAGGGUCCUGGGACAGUUUCCUCAAACUGUGGAACUGAGGCCUCCCCAAACAGGAGGAAGGAGCACGAGGGUGAGGAGCAGGAGGAGAACGGGGGGAGCUUCCUCCUCCUCCUCCUCCUCCUCCUCCUCCUCCUCCUGAUCCCUGAGAGGCUGCGGAGGAGUCUCGACCUUUGACCCCGAGGAGGGGCAGGUUUUAACUGUGUGUAAAUGAAAGCGUUGUGUUGAAGAAUCCAGCCAGAACCAGUUUAGACCAGAGAACACAGCAGUGAUCAGAGGGUAGCGUUUACUUUGAAGUCUUUGAAGUCUUUGUACCUUUGAACUAGAGCUCGGAGUCAGGUGUCCGUUCGUCGACAUGCUAGUUGAAGCGUUAGCAGCGACAGUCGAUGUCCGGUUGUGUCUUUUUUUUUUCAGCCGCUCACAUCCACACCAGAAUUGCACAUUAACGGUCGGACGGCGGCCAUUUUGCUUCGUCCGUAAACCAAAACAACCACCUGCGGUUCUUUUUGUUCUUGGAUCCAACAUGGCCGCCGCUGUUUUUAGGUGUGAGAAGCUGCCGUCUGUCCUUCACUUCACGUCUGUCUCUCUGUAAAAAAGACUUUGUUAAAAAUCUUUAUAAUAAAGCUAGACUUCUGCAUUAACUCUCUGGCGCCACCUGUCUGUUUGUUGAUAGUCAUCAUGAAAGACUUUACACUUUAGCAUCAACUUAACUUACCUAAUGAGCUAACCGCUACACAGCUCCUGAUGACGGUGCUGUUUUAGCCUACGUAGCGCACACACACACACACACACACACACACACACCUAAAACGUACGACCAGGUUUGAGUUGUAAAUUCUGUCAAAUUUUAUUUCACAUUUUUUUCAACCAAAAUCUAUUGUUGUGGUUGUUGUUGUUGUUGUUGUUGUUGUUGUUGUUGUCGUUCUGGUCCACACAGGUGGGUCUCAUGUUUGCUGUUGAACAAAUCUAUGCUGUGUGGGCUGCACAGAAAGUGGGCUGCACAGAAAGUGGGCU